GAAACUUAGAAUACUGCCAAGUGCAGUGCCAUCUCUCUCUAUGAACCAUUUUUCCUUUAGAAAACUUUACACCAUCCCCACAAAAUAUCUCUACUUUCAAAGCAUUAUUAUUGAUGAUCAACUCCCACUCUACAUACUCCAAGAUGUGCCCAUGUUAUGUUCGAUGAAAUGUCCCAGAGAAGGAGACCCAUAUUCAACUUCUUGCCUCUUACCUUUUAGGAAACCCGUUGACCGGCAGUCUUCGAUCAUCUCAAUGAAGUUGAAAUGCUACUUUUCUUUCUUUUGUUGUUUACUUGAUAGCUGUUGAUUCUUGUAAAUUGUAAUGGGUUGUUUUAAUUAUUAAGGUUAAGAAGAUAAUAUAGUGGAAUUUGAAGAGUAAUUGAUAGUUUUAAGGAUACAAUUAGCAACUCCAAAAUGGCAUUAUCACCUUCAGGAUCAUCAUCCACAGUCAUGUGCCUGGUGGAUGGGUGUGCAGCAGACCUUAGUGAGUUUAGAAAGUAUUACCAGCGUCAUAAGGUUUGCGAAAACCAUUCCAAGAGUCCACAGGUUUCGAUCAACGGCCAAAUCCUACGAUUCUGCCAGCAAUGCAGCCGGUUUCACCCGUUAGAGGAAUUCGAUGAGGGAAAAAGAAGUUGCAGAAAGCGUCUUGAUGGGCAUAACAGACGAAGAAGAAAGCCUCGACCGGAGCUUCAUUCUGCCCCGACCCAUGGAACCACUAUGUUGCAGUUUGCUGGUCAACCGGCACAAGCGCACCCGCACCCGCACUUACACCCAACCAUGGCUCUCACCAACCCCCUAUGGAGUGGGGUUGUUGACGCUCCAGCUUGGGUGGACCACUCGAACUACGCUCCCUCUCUUCUGUCAUCUUCGGUCACACCACCACAGGCAUCUAUUCCAACCAUGGGUCAUGUGAUGCACCCCCAGUCUGAAUCUGGUUCAGCCUCUUUAGCAGCAAGUCCACUGGAUCAAGGACCGAGUUAUGGUGGUUCGGAAUUUGAUCUUGAUGUGGGUUGGGGUGGUAUGACCGAUACAGAUCCUCACCGUGAUGAAUCGUUUGAUCUGCAAACACACCCCUUUUAUUGGCAAUCUUAGUGACUAUCUUUGCAUUGUGUUUUUAGUUGGAAUAAAAGAUGUUCAGUUUAGCAUGUUAUUUAAUAAGUGAUUUCGUGCUGCACAUAAGUAGCAAAAGUGUCGGAAACCAUGUCCUCGGAUUCAAUAUAAAAAAGGGGGAAUUGCAUUUUA